AUGGAUCUUCCUUUCGAACUGCUCCACCAAAUCGCUAGCUACCUCUCUCCUGCUGAAUCUACAAACGUCGGUUUGACCUGCCGCCGCAUGUAUCCUGUCUUUAUCAAUAGCCGUUAUCGCGAUAUUAUAUUCCUCACUCCUCGUGAUGACGCUGCUUGGGACUUAUGCCGGCGUAUUUGCCUCUUGCUACGGACUCUUCUGCUGAAUCCGUUGUUACGGCCGCUUGUCCACAGGUUUGAGAUUCACUACAGCAACAUCGAAUACAAAGAUUCAUUUCCAGAUCCUCUGUGGACCACCGAAGAAUUCGCUCCAGGUGAACUGGGCUACAACCACAAUUGUUGGCUCGGCGAGAAAGGCCUUAAACAGCUAAAAGCGCAUAUCCGAACGGAGCAGUCUCAAGCUGACGCCCUAUGGUUCGAUUGCCUGGACUAUGGACAAAAAGGCGCUACCAUUGCCGUGCUUCUAUCUCUCAUGCCAAAUCUCGAGUUUCUCUACCUGGACGUUGGAUUACACGUCUCAACCAUCUCCUUCGCCCGGUUGACCCAACAUGCCAUCUCGCGUCUCCAAUCCGAAUCUCAAUCCCAAUCCCGAUCACCUUCACAGUCCCCAAUCCCCCUAGCCAAUCUCAAACAUGUCACCUACGCUCCCCUCCGCGGAAAAUUUUUCGGAAAAUAUUCCGGUGAGGACGAACCGUACGACCUCGACUCCGUCAUGUUCGACCCCAAUCAGAUCCCUCUUCUCUUCUAUCUCCCUCGGAUCCAGUCUAUCGCCGGCCUAAUGCCUCAUUACCCCGACUUCAGCUGGACCGAUAUUUCCUGCCUACCACCCUCCCUUUCUACCCGACCAAACGCGACGACCUUGACUUCCUUACGCCUUAGAAAUAGCCCCCUUGGGGCAUCCGAGCUCAAGGUACUUCUUUCCGCCACCCCGAACCUACAAUCACUCUUCUAUGAAGUCAUCCCCCCCUUCAAGACCCUCUCCAUGGAUGCAUGGGUCCAGCCGUUUCAGAGAGGCCUUGUUUGGGAAUUUGAUACUUCGAUGCUAGCGCCUGCAUUGCACCAGGUGCCUGCCCUUCAGGAGCUCCAUAUCCGCUACAACCUUCCAAGCCUAGAAGAUAGCGAAAUACAAAUAACAAGACUGUCCCUGGCGCCGUUGACGAGAUUGCGGAAAUUAGCCAUGCAGCUCCCACUUCUGAUGUGGGGAAGGCCUGAAGAUGGCCCUCCUACCUUGGAUUCGCUUCCCCCGAGCUUAGAAUCAUUAACGAUUCUAGACUGGGAGGGCUCAUACGUUACCGAAUAUCCUGAAGAUUUAAUAGAGGGGGUGAGACCGUUUCUAGAAAGCAGGGGAAAUGGACAAUCGGCACUGGAAGAGGUAUCCAUGGCGCCAGCGUAUCUAUACGAAACUGCGGAAACUACACCGGAGGAAGCUAUUGAAAAGGUGUGGGAAAGGUGGGAGGAUCUAGGGAGGAGAAAUGGGGUUGUGUGUGUGGCGAGAUGGUAA